AUGAGGGCCGGGUUUGGGAUGACCAAGCGGCUCGACCGGCUCCUCUCCCUCAUCCGAGACGCCUCGCGGGCGCGCUUCCUCGGCUCGCGCUCGUUCUCGCACGAGCUCGAGGCGAAGCACGUGCAGCAGGUGACUCAGGGUGGCGGCUUCACCGCCUUUGGCGACGACGGAACGCUCACCUUCGAGUACCGGGUCCCGGAGCGCGUCUGCUUCCGCGGCGACUCGUACCUUCCCCUCUCGGUUCUGCUCGCCAUCGUGGACGAGGUCACGAGCUGGGCGUCGGUCGGCGUGGACCCAGCUCGGCGGCCGGGCGUGUCGAUCGACCUCAACGCCGCCCUCGCCGCCGGUCGUGUGCCGCCGCGCGCGGGCGACCAUCUCGUCUUUCUGGCGCGUUCACGACGUAUGGGCCGCACGCUGGGCUUCCAGACCUGCGAAGUGCGGACCGGGUCUGGUGAGCUGGUGGCGACGGCCAGACACACCAAGCUACUCGAUAUGGGGAGGGCUUGGGGGAUCGCGUUUGGUGCCGGGUUUGACCUCACACGAGGGCUCCUGCGCGCCUUCGGCUCAGUCGACCGGCCGCUGCCGACACUCUCACCGACCAUCGGAGACCUUCUCCGGCCCGAGGCAUGCGAGGUGGAGGGCGAGGCCGGCGGGGUGGGCAGAGCGAUGGAGAGGCACAGGGUGGAAGGGGGCAUGCUCAAUGAGGUGGGCCUCCUCUUCGGGGGCUGUCAGGCGCUGCUGCACGAGCGGGCGGCGGGUUUGGCGGCGGAUUGCGCUGUCGGACACGGCGGAUUGGUGCUCGGAGCCAUGUCCGUCACCUAUUUGGCGGCCGCCAAGCGCGGCCAAUCCGUCGAGGCUCGCGCCACAGCCCGCGCUGCGUGGGGCGGCGAAAGCACGUCGGGGCUUGUGGCCACCUCCUGUCUUAUGGCGGGCAGCGGGAAGGCGGACAAGGUGGUGUCCGAGGCGAGGAUGCGAUUCCAUCACGUCGCGGCGGCGGGAGCACGCGGUAGCAUGCGGUAA